GCUAGGUUCCAUGCCUGAGCUUUUUGGGCUUUUUCUCUGGUCACUCUGCGGUAGCUAAUCAGGUCGCUAUCAUUUUUGGGUUCAUGUGGUUGUUUCAAGAUUUUCGUCAAGCUAACAAUUAGUCGGUGUUCAUCCAGAUUGCAGCAAGUAGGCGAAGAGGAGGUAUCUCAGGAGGAUUCACGUUUUUCAACCACCGAAGUCCGAUUUCUAAUUCUGUGAAAAUUCCGCUGCGGUCGAUUUAGUUAAUGAAGGGGAUGUUCUGGUCAGCUGAAGUCCCACAUUAUGUCGCAGUCAACUCCAUCGAAGCAAGCCAAAUAUUCUGAUAGUGAUAACGAGUUUCUUCCGGGAGAUUUUGACAAUAAACGCACUCCCAGCUCAGGACUGAAGUUAACUCAACAUGGGGACGAAUACCAGUUACUUUUACUCUGUCUGUGCCUCUGGCGAGUUUUGAAAAACAAAAUCUCUGACUUCCUUUUAGCAACGGAACUACCAGAAGCGGAGAAAUUUGACGAUGUUGUUGUUAAGUACAAGCAUGAAAACAGGUUGGUUCUUCGAUUCCUUCAGGCCAAGCACAAGGAAGCACCCCGUCCAACUGAUUCAAUUCAUAAGAUCACCCUUACAGACCUACUCACUCCAGAUGAAGGCAAGGAAUUUAGUUUGUUGAAAUAUUUCCGGUCAUUCGUGAAGAUCCUGGAAAAACGUUCUCAAAAUCCAGUCCCCGCCUUUUUAGUGGGAGGAGAUAUCCAGGAUUUUAUACUGUCGACAAACGUUGACCUCACGGAGGAGGUGGAAGAAUAUUUUGAAGUGGAUGAUGAAGAUUCCUUAGAAAAGGACAAGGUAUUUGGAGUUCCAACUGAACAACCCAAGAAACUCAAAAUAAAGGAAUCAGACAAUGAAUUGACACGCCAACUGGGAGUUCUUUUGUACACCUCCUCCGAUUUCGACGAGCUAGUCGAAAAACUCGCCGAUUGUUUGCUACUUCAACAAAGAUUCGACGGAACUUCAUGGAUUUUCAAAGAAUACUAUUAUCCUCUUGUGAAACAUGUGCUCGAAAUCGAAAAGGGACGAAAUAAAGGAAGCAGCAAAGUGAGGCUUUCCGAUAACUUCAAAGGUGCCAACAGUCAGCGCACAGAUGAGGUGGAAGAUUUCAGGGAAGCAUUGAUUAAAGAGAUAGCAUUCCGGAGAAGCGACUACAAGAUACUCGUAAAUAUCUCAACUUCAACAGGAAGCAGUAGUAGUCCCCAAAGCAAUACCAAUAGGAAGAGGAAAACCAGCACAGAUGAUUCUCAACUAACUAAAGAAUUGAAAGAAUUCGUUGACCAAUUAAAGGCUGCAAUGUAUCCAGCUACUAGUAACCCUCCAAAUGGAAUAGGACUUACACCCGCCCUAUUUAAAGAUAUGAUUCUGUUCAAGGAAGUAGUUGACGAUAAGAAGGGAAAGUUUUGCGACGAUUUUGUGAACAAUCCUAAAAAGUUGAGUCCCAAAGCUAAGUUACUCCGGAAGAUGCUGAUUGAUGAAGUUAUCGAUGGAGAUUUGGCCGACGACGAGUUUGAUAAAGUAUCGGGUGCGACAUUCCCUACCACUGAAGGAUAUGCUACCCGAUUUCAGCCCAAAAGUAACGUUGAAAUCGGAGACGUCGAAGGGUUUGCAAAGGACAUUGCGGAUUUGAUUGACAAGUGUACAGGUAAUACUAUCGAAAUUACCGACGUGGUUGGAACUGAACAGUUCAGGAAGAACAUCAUCGAAGUAGCUGGCCACGUCAUCGUGAAAGUGUCCUCAUGGUUUGAGUUUAGUGGAAGCUUUAUAAGGGAUCGUAGAGGUCGCUCACUAGCAAAGGGUCUAAUGAAAUUCCAGGAGGCACUGAGAAAGCGUUUGGGCAAAGCGAAGUUCGACUCCGUAGAUGAGUAUAGUUUGAAUAUCAAACUCAAAGGUUUCACCAGCUGCGAAGAGGCCAUGCUACGUAGAACUCUUCCCAGUCCAGUAACGAAGGAAUCUAUUGAGGACUUCUACGAAAAUUUCCGCUUGAUUGUGAAUUAUCCGAAUCGCUACGGACUUCGCCAACUACUAGAAGCUGAAGUGAAGGCGAAGUAUCAAAAUUUGAAUAGCAAAGCAUUUGUCGAUUCUUUUGUUCAAGAAGUUUACCAAUGGAUGACGCAACGGCUUGGAUCUUUUUAUACUCCGAAGAAGGUGGAAACUCUACUCGCCCGAUUAGAUAAAGACCUAUCCUGUUAUGAAUUAGAUGGAAUAAAUCAGUCCUUCCACUUGGCCUUACCUACCAAAUAUAAGUUCGAAUGUGAGGACCUAAUGACGUCGAUUAAGGAUUUUCUUCAACAAACUCAUUCUAGGAUUCUGCUCUUGCGGGUUGAAAAUUUGACGCUAUGCCGUGUUCGAUUCAUGCAGGCAUUUUGGAGUCUACAGGAGGAAAACCAGGAUGCAAGUGGUAAACUACCGUUUUAUUUACGUCGGUUCGGCUAUCUUUUUAUGACAAUUGAGCAUUUCUUGGAUGAGUCGUUUUCCGAAAAAUUGAGCAAAAGAAAUCAGGAUAAGGAUCAGUGGAAUCUGAGGGUGGUGGAAUGUUGGACUGAAAACUUACCUGAAGCUGAGAGGUUUGGAUCAAUGCUGGAUUUACUCUUCGAAAGUUCGAUUUCGUCUUCGGUAGAAAGGAGAGUUAUUUUCAUUGUGAAGGAAGAUAUGUCAGGGAAACUGGAAUCAGCACUGGAUUCCUAUUUGACACAAGGAAGAAAUGCAAAUUUCAAAUUCUCUUCGUUCGAGUUAAAGACGACUUUCAGUCAACUACAAGCCCCGUCACAAGAUGAGCUGCUCGAAAAUGGACAGGUCAAACUGAACGGCGACAACUGCAAAUUAGGGGACAUAGUUAACCAGGACACCGCAGAUCUGAUUGAUGAGACAACAUUGACCAAGCUGAUUUCAGAACGUGAUGAUGAUAUUGGUCUUGUUUGCGUUGGGGGUGUAACUCAGCUGUUCCAGCGAACCUAUAAUCUAGACUGCUAUCUAAAGCGUUAUAUACAACAAAAAGGACUGGUUGAUACCGAUUUUGGAGUGGAAAUUUCUCAGGAGGCAUUUUUGGAGUUUGUAAAGGAUGAGAAAAUUGUAAUUUUGCAUGGAAUACCAGGAGCGGGUAAAUCGAUGCUCCUUGCAAGCUUCUUCAUUCAGAUGAGGGAUAGUUCUCAACCUCUAUGGAAGAUUCAUAUCAACCUGAACCUUUACACUGACUUUUUCAGCAAAAAGCAAGCUGAAGCGGCGAGUCGAGUCGACAGGAUUAUGUCAUCAUCCGAGUGUAGCGAUUUUUUGCUGGAAUUACUUCAGUCCAACGAAGACACCAAGCUGAAAACACAAUUCGAGAUUAACCUCUUACGUUCAGCGUUCCAAAGCGAGAUCACUGGGAAGGUUCGAUUGGUGUUGUUCCUGGAUGGAUUUGAUGAAAUCAGCCCCAAUUAUAAGGACAUUGUGCUGGGCUUUCUACUGUCAUCGAACACCUGUUCAGGUGCCCUGCAAAUGUUCAUCACUACACGUCCCAACUUUCGUAGUUAUCUUGAGGAAAAUUUACAAACUUUUGGUUUCGAGAUGCGUGAUCUGACUAGGGAUGAGCAAAACCAACUGCUUAUGAGUUUAAUAAAGAAGUUGAAUAUCCAAAUAAGGGAUGAGGAAGUGCUGGCAUUGAUGGAGCAGUUCUGCAAAGCCCUCCCUGGAAGCAGGGCCCCAAUGGAUAUGUUCGACGAGAUGAUUUUUAGUAGAGGCGAUGGAAUGUUUAGCGCAGUUCCGCUUCAUAUUGCAAUGUUUGCUGAAGUUUGCGCAAACAGCGAUCGAGAGCGAAUUCGAAAAUGCAUCAAAACUCGUGAUCUUUCGACAUUUUAUGAGAUGUACGUUGAAAGGAAAUACCAAUUAUAUCGUGAGGAGAAGAUGCGCCUCAAUCCGACGAAUGUGUCUUCUAUGGAGGAAUCUCAGUACGCAUUUGAAGGUUUCUUAAAGAAGCACAUGAACCUGGCCCUCUGGCUGAUUUAUUCGAAGGAGACGAUUAUGGAAAUUGUCAGUUCAUUCAAGGAAUAUGAGCAGGAGGUUCUUAGUCUUAUGGAAGACAUUAAAGCGGGCAAGUUUAAAUAUGGAAUCGUAUUUGGUGUUUCCGAUAGAGUGCCCCAGUUCGCCCAUCGCACAUUCGCCGAGUAUUUAGUGGCUCGGUUCAUCAUUUCUCAGAUUACAUCAGGCAAAGUGUGGAAAUCAAGCUUCUUGGAUUUUUUUAUAGAAGAGUUGGCGAUAUCGACUGCUAGCCACAUGUCAACGUUUUGCGAUGGAAUGAUGAAAGAAAUAGACUGGAGUUGUUGCCAUUUUGAAAACGUGGACCCAUCAUAUGUCAUAGAUGGUCUCCUUAAUUCCUACGCUCAGGAAAUUUGGGGUCUUUUUACAUUUUUUGCAGAAAUUUUCAAAAGUUGUUGCCCUCAUGAUGUUUGGGUGGAACAGUUGGAGGAGGAAUUAUCUUUCAGAGCCCUGUCGGAUGCCGAAUUCGAAGCCAUAUUGGCUAGCGACUCCGUUGACGAACCUUGUACUUGGGGUGAUGUUUUUGAAACUCUAAUGAAAAAAUGUUACCGCGACAAAGAAUGUUUCUUGCUUUAUCGUCUUUUGUUGAAGUGGAGACCAGAAAGCGUGCACAGGAGUGCAGAUGCUUUAGCACCACUUGGUGCCCCUGACAAAAUUCGAUGGAAAGAAAAACGUCUGUCGGAUCCUGAUUGUGGUGGCGUGUUUUACAUUGUCACUUCCAACGUUAGGCGGAAACGUCGUGCUUUUAAGUUCCUACCAAAUUGGUUAAUAGAGAAGGAAGACUAUCAAUUCGAUCCAGUUGACGAUUCCGGCCAGUCUGAUGCGGCCCAAAUUCCCCAAAAUGGGUGAUGAGAUGAUUGGUUGGACGAUGGAAGUCUUCUCAGUGAAGUGGCAAGCAAAAUAGUGGUAUGUUUUGGCAGCAACUUAACUACUUAUGUAAAUUAAUCAAAUAAUGAAAUG